AUGGUACAGCUAUGGACAACGGAGAGCAGUUACAAGGAGUGCAACCAAAGUGACAGCGAUGAAAGUGAAGAAAACCCCCCAAAAUCGGUAUCGCAUUUCUUUUGGGCAGCUAUUUUCAUCGGAUUGAUAGCGUUCGGCGCCCUCCUUAUAGUCCUCGCCCCGAAAAAUUGGCUUCGGGGAAACUCAUGCGUGUUCGCGUCAGGUUCGAAAGAAGUGUCAUCGUCACCGCAACAACAAAACGAUGAGGAUCUUAUUAUGGAUUGUGGAAAGACACGCGCAGAGGCAGUUGCUCGCGGUUGUGUUUUAGAUGUUUUGGGGGCGGCAUGGAUUCCCCCGCUGUGCUAUGACAAGGAGCUUGCUGAAGAAUCUGUAUUGUCAGAUACAGAGCUAGCGAAGGUUGGAGGUUCCGGAAUAUUCCAGUGGUGGACAGAUUACAAUCAUACCGUUGAAAUCUCCCAAGAUCGGCUUCAAUAUCUCGAUGAUCUGGUGGGAUAUACCUGGGAGAAAUUCCAUGUGGCACAUUGCUUGUACGAUUGGCGAGUACUGGUCAAAGCGGCGAAACGGAUUCGAAAAGGUGAACGGAAUGUGUAUGUGCAUAUCUCACUGCUGAAUUAUCAACAUGCACACCAUUGCAGUGAGGUCAUUGCCAACCAAGAUCACCGAGUUGGUGCGAGGGCAAAGGUCGAUUUAGCACUAGGGAAAUGCGUACGACUAGACAUGUAUUAG